AGUUUAGUAUAAAAACGCCCGGCCACAAUCGAACGGAUAUCAUUCACAGUUUAGAAUUUGUAGCAAAACGUUAGAACCGAUUCUAGCAUCCACCAUCCUAAACAAAAAUGGCCUUCAUUAAAUCCGUUGUGUGCCUGGCCGUUCUCGGAGUUGCCGCUGCCGGAGUUGUCCCGUACGCCGCUGAAUACAAGGGAGAUUACUACUCCCACCCACAGUACUCCUUCAACUACGGAGUCCAUGACGGUCUGACUGGAGAUGUGAAAUCUCAAGUUGAGAGUCGCGAUGGGGAUGUCGUCAAGGGACAGUACUCGCUGGUUGAACCCGAUGGUUCCGUGCGUACCGUCGACUAUACCGCCGAUGAUUUGAAUGGAUUCAACGCCGUCGUCACCAAGUCUGGACCAUCGGUUCACGCUCCGGUUGCCCAUGCUGCCCCAGCUGUCGUUGCUCACCAUGCCGCCCCAGCCGUCGUUUCGGCUCCAGUCCUGAAGACCUAUGCUGUCCCAGCUCCAGUUCUGAAGACUGUCGUUUCGGCUCCAGUCCUCAAGAGCUAUGCUGCCCCAGCUCCAAUCCUGAGCUCAUAUGCUGCCGCUCCGGUUGCCUACGCUCAUGCUCCCUCCGUGUAUGCUGCCCACGCACCGGCAGUCUACGGAUCUGCCUACGCUCCAGCUGCCUACCACGGAUAUGCUUCUCCGUACUACCACUAAACCGUACUACCACAGGGACCUCGAUGAUGCUAUCUGCCGGUGGAAUACCUUUUCCAAUCCGGGCACUGCCACUUCCACUUAUUUAUUUCCAUCCUCCUUCGUCUGUCUCCGAAACCACCGCUCAAACCCCAUCCCGAAUUCCACGCACUGUACCCGCAUUCCACCGAGUGCCGCCAAUCAGCGAACAUCGCCAUAAACAAAUGCCGUUGACGAGAGGAAGCACCCAUUUGAAUUGCAUAUCUGUAUAUAACACGAGAGAUGAUGACCCUAGCGCUGCCACCGGUUCUGAAAACGUGAUUGUUUCUUAUUCAAUCGCGAUACAGUAGUAGUUAGUCAGACGAUUCCAUAUCCCCGGGCUGCGGUCACCCGGACCGAGCGGAAGUUGACUUCCCUCUUUCUCGCGAAUCGGAUCAAAGUCUCCGAGAUUCGACGGAUGAAGCCGGGUGUAUGGAAUCGGCAGGUUUUUAGUUUUAUUAUUUUUUUACGUUCAAUGCAUGAUUUUCCGGACUGAGUGAAUGAUCGAUCUGAGUGGCGACUCACCACACAAAAACACACACACCGCUACAGGUGACUUCACUAUACAACAAUACUCAUGUGUACUUCCAAUUAGUAGAUGUUUGUUUGUUUGUUUCUUCUGACUUCUGAGUGACACCUUGACCAAAAGCGAACGGAAGAACGAUUUGUACAGAGCUGAACACCGAUGAUGAUAUUAAUUUAAAUAUAGUGACUUAAUUCAUA